CGACCUGGUAACUAAUUCCCCGUGAUAGAGCGCCUAAUGUUGUACAAUAUUUGUAAAAGAGGUCGUUAUCGAAGAACUCGGACAGACAUAUACUUGACCUAAUAAUGCCAGAUAUGUUCUGUGAAAACAAAAGUGCGCAACAGGUGUGCAUGUACAGUACAGUAUUUGCCAUAUAUCAGAAAGUCUCGGAAGUUUAUUACUGUCCCGGCGGUCCGUUCGUACAGACAGCUGCGUUCAGACAACAGAUUUGUUAUGUUGGCGCUUGUUCUUGUUAGUUUCGUCGUGUCUGUGGCUGGACGGGACGCUCAAACACGCGACACAGAAUGCCUACCAGAAUUUGGCUGCUUCAGCUCGCAUGGACUGGUUCCCGUCCCCCAAGAACCUAGCCAGGUCAACACGCACAUGAAACUUUUUACACGCGCACACUCGCUCAGUCCGAUCGUAAAUUUUGACGUAGAUCAUUAUUCCAGUCAAGUCGGUUCUUUCGCUUCUGUCUUUGAUGCGUCCAAGGAUACCAAAGUCGUCAUUCACGGCUACCUCAACUCUGGAUCCGAUUCCUGGGUGGUACAGAUGACUAGCGAACUUCUGAAGAAGGGCGAUUUUAACGUGAUCGUGGUAGACUGGCAGAGUGGAAGUAAACAAGCGUAUGGACACGCCGUUGGUAACACAUACCUUGUCGGGGCAGAAGUGGCAAAGGUGCUCGCCUAUCUCCAUGACAACCGAUCACUUCACUAUGACAAAGUUCACAUUAUCGGACAUAGUCUCGGAGCACAGAUUGCCGGACACAUUGGCUACCGUGUCAAGGGAAUUGCUCGCAUUUCUGGACUAGAUCCGGCAGAGCCGGACUUUCGGGGCCAGCCCGCAGACCAAAGGCUUGAUGCCUCGGAUGCAACCUUUGUCGACAUAAUCCACACUGAUGGGUCAGCCUUCAUUGGAGUUUCGGGCUACGGUAUGAUGGAUGCGAUCGGCCAUGUUGACUUCUAUCCGAAUGGCGGCCAGCAUCAGCCUGGAUGUAACGAGAAACCCCUUACCAGCGCCAUUGCCAAUAUUCUCCACGGGUCUGUCUCAGGUGCCGCUAGCUCCCUUUCGUGCAGUCACUCUCGAGCAGUGAGCCUGUUUAUCGAAUCCAUCAACUCCCCGUGCAAAUUCUACGCCCAUGUGUGCGCGUCUUCGUCACAGUUCGACAAUGGUGCGUGUCUGGCAUGUCCAUCUGGCGGAUGUCCAGUUAUGGGAUACGAGGCUUACCGGACUAGUCAGAGAGGGUCAUUUUACCUAAGUACGGCCGGCUCUUCACCAUACUGUGCCCACGAGUAUUCUGUAGAAAUCCAUGUGUCCUACUUCUCGGGUGUUUCAUACGGAGAACUAUUGGUUACACUUGUGGGUGACAAUGGAAGAUCCGAAGAAAUAAAAUUUUCACCCCGUAACGAGUAUUUCCGUUCUGGUAAAGUGGAGAAUCAUGUCAUCGGCACUAACAUUGAUAUAGGUCAAGUGACGUCAUUGCGCGUGAAGUAUGACGAACCUAACAGGGACCCCCAUACACAUCAUACCGCGCAUACCAUCAAGCUGCAUAGCAUCAUCGUACAGUCGGCAGACAGCCAUAACCAGGUGAAGUUUUGUGGACACGAAAAUGGUAUACACUCAGACGGCACAAUUACCUUGUCCUCUCAUUGGGGCUGUUAAGAGACCGGAAGUCCACUCUAUCAUCGGGGAAAUGUGAUUACUUCACACCUGACUUCAUACUGAUUUUUAUACAUCAACAUUAUUGGAUGUAAAUUGAAUAUUGUCCUAUUUUGUUUAAAAUAUUGCUAUUUGAUCAUUAUAUAAUUGUUGUGAUAAUUUUCUUAAUCAUGCAUUGUUUAAUAGUCCGGUUGCCAAACCCCGAUUUCUCUCUUAACCUUGCAUUUUCGUCCACAUAAUGUAUUUUAGUGAUUUUUGCAUGUUGGAGGGGUGCUGAUCCCAGAACUGCUUGGUGCCACUCUGGCACCCUUGAGCAUUUUGAAAUAUUCAAGAUGGCCGCCAAGAUGGCUGAAAAAUCUAA